GUAAUAGUCAUUGCAGUAGAUAUUGACGCCGACAAAAUAGUUAUGGCCAAGGAAAAUGCCGCUAUUUAUGGCGUACUGGAUAAGAUCGAAUUCGUUGUGGGAGACUUCUUCAAAUUGGCUAAUCAGAUAAAGGGUGAUGUUAUAGUCACGUCGCCGCCAUGGGGAGGUCCAGAGUACAACAAACUGGAUGUUAUCGGGCCGUUAGCUUUGUGCAUGGAUAAGAUUCUGGAAUUGGGGAAAACGAUUGCCCCAAAAAUACUGUUACACCUUCCCAAAAACAUUGAUAAAAAUGAGUGUUGGAAAAUGUGCAACGGAGUUGGGGCCAGCCUUAGAAAAAUUGAAAAUGUCUUUAUAGACAGAUACCUCAACUCAACGUUGAUGUAUGUCCGGUCCAAUAAUGUAAGUUAUAAGUCAUUGUGUAUUUAA